AUGCUCAGAGCGGACAAAAGUUUUGACGGCUCUGCCGUCUGCGCCCCCGUCCGUGAUGAAUCAAAAAGGCACGCCCAUCGGUGGCCGCGAUUAGGCCUGGAAAGGUGUCGACUCCGUGGAAGCCAUACUUCCUUACGCCUUUAGCUCCACACUCGAUCAAACAGACGUUUGACUCUCGAGCAACAAAAGCCUUCCCAUUCUUAACCCCGUUCGCUAGUCAACGUCUUCAGCGUCCUCUCCGAAACUGACUCCCUCACACAAAAUCCGAUCAUUUGUACUGUCGCCAUCGGCCAUGUGGGACCCAAAGUCCGAAUCCGAAGAUUAUUCAGAAGUGGUUUUCCCGCCCGGCUACAGACCGUUCUUCUCCCUCGAAACAGUAGUCUCUGUUACGAUUCCUAUCUUCGCUUUCUUCUCCAUUUUCGCGAUAGGUUUGUUGGGGAAGUAUUUUUGAAAGUGAGGAUAAAAAGUUCGAAAAUUCAAGAAUUUGAAUCUCAAACUUCAUAGUCACUACUGUCGUAUAUAUUCUCAAGAAUUUCUAAAAACUAUCGUUUGAAAUCACAUCUCGUUCUCAAACAUCAGAACCUUCUAAAGCUUCAGUUAGGAAACUUACCGAAAUUAAUAAUGUGAGGGUUUUUCUGUUGAAUUUGGAUUGAAAAUUGUUCUUCUACUAGGCAGAUAUUAGGUGUAUUCAAAAAAACUUUUUAUAUUAAUUAAUUUAAAAAAAUCAGAUAAAUGGGAUGUAGGAAAAGGCGCUUCUGGAAUGACAAGCUUGGUCCUUUUUUUCACUUCCAAACACUUUAAUUAUAAUAUAUAAUUUCCACAAAAAGUAAGCUUACAGGAACUUUUUCAAAUUUUUUUGAUGUUUUUUUAUGAUUAAGCUUUACUUGGAACCUUUCGAAAUGCGAAUUUCCUGUUGUUCAGCAGAUGUGUACCCAAUGACUUGUGAAUAAUCCGGAGACACCUUCGCCUCUAAAUUAACUACUCAAACGGAAAUUUUCACGUUUUUUUUUGGAAAACAAUGUCUAUCCUAUGACUCUUCGCACUUCCUCAUCUUCAGUUUCAAACUUUGAAUGUUGAAAAUAAUUGGAAAAUGUUUCCAUAGCGCAUUGAAAUCAGGAACAAAAGCUAUUCAAUUCAACACUUCAAAACGCAGUAGAAAAAAUUUCUCCGGCGUAUUACACCUUCAAGGAAACGCAUACGCAAUCGAAUCAUCAGACGAAGCAUAAAAAACUCGAAAUUUAAUAAAAAGUGUCAAGUGGAUUUGGUUGGAUUACCGCAAGAAUCAAUGAGCAAAUAUUUAGGCCUGUUAGGAAAAUUCAGAAUCGGAAGUAUUAUGUCAGAGAUAAAGGUUCACUUAAAGAGAUUCAAAGCAGAACGACUCAACAAAAAUAAAAUAAAUAAAAAAAUGAAUUUCAUUCCGACUUUUUGCAAAGUUAAAAGCGUUGCUAUCUCCGAUGCUGGUUUUUUUAUAUGAAAUUUCUUCGAAAAAGCUUUUUUUCUAACAGCAAAGCUAUUUUUUUAUAACCAAUUUUUUUGUGGCCGGCUUUCUUUUCGCACCAUUACACUUUAAGUCGCUUUUCACAAGAAAACGAAACAUUUCACCAAUAAAAUGAGUCAAAUCCGAAAUUUCAGUGAUGUUCAUGAUGUACAUUUACCGACGGUACUGCCGACAAAGGCCAACGUUUGAAUAUAUCGAGGAAGACGAACAGCUUUACAUACCGCGGCCCAUCACUCCGGGGUUAGUUUAUAAUUAAUUUUUUAAUGACGGUGGAAAAUAUUCCUUGGUAGAAAAAAAAUUUUUUUUUCACGUUAAUUAUGCCGUGUUCAAUUUGAUUCCGCGAAAUGCAAAAUUAUCUCUGACUCUCCAAAAUUUAGUGAUCUUUCCCUUUCUCUAACGGGUAUUUUGCAUUUCGCGGAAUCAAAUUGAACACAGCAAUAGAAACUGAAGUUGUUUUAAACGGCGGAAAAUAAAAUGAUUUGUACGCAGUGCACGCGAUGCAUGGAAAGCGACGCGCAAAAACAGAGAUUGAAUGUUUCGGCAGCUGCCGGAAUAUUUUUCAUUUCCCUAUUGUUUAGAAAUUUUCAAACUACUCACUAGUAAUCUCCCUACUCAAGACAAAACUACUAAAAAAAAAUGAUUAAACUGAAUAAACUUCCUGGUACCAAAAACUGAUAAAAACUAAAGACCAAUUUACAAUCAACAUCUCUUUUUUUUCAAGAUCAAUCUCUAAACGUUGUUCAGCUAAAUAUAACAUGCACAAGGAUUCGGAUUACCGACGGAAAACGUGCUGAAAUAAAUCCGAUUGCCUUUUCCUGGGAUUUCCUGUCAUUUCCACAUAAGUCUUUCCCCUUUUUUUUUUUGGAAACUACAGUAGUUUGCAAGUCCAUCUGCAGAAAAAAAAAGUGUUCCAAACUAUUUCUCAUCUGCGAUACUUAAUAAAUAGUCAAGAACAAAUUUUGAAGGUGAAGCCACACAAAUUUCAAUUAGUUGACUUUCAUGACGUCCACUCCGUAAACUUCCCGCUCAAAGCUUUAUUUCUCGUUUCAUUUGCAAUCGAGAAAUGUGAAAAAACUUGAAUGAGACACAUAGAAUGACUUUUUUCGAGGAAACAAAUAGUUAGAAGCUUUUUUUUAAGGUAAACCUGACAUGAAUUUUCUCAAAAAGCUUUCAACUAUGAUAGAAUAUAUAAAUUUCACUUCCUCCAACAAUAAUCUAUCAAAAUAUCAAUCCGAAAGCCUCCAUUUCCGCAAUGAUUGCUCAAAAACAAACUAUCAUUAUCCGAAUUUAAAUCCAAAAUAUACAUCAGCUGCUCAAAAUUGAUGAAAACCACGGCAGAGACAGUCUGAAACACUGGCACCCCGAAAAUUCCUACAUAAGCUUCCUGUUUUUUGAUUUGACGGGAAAGGUGUGGGCAGUGGCUGAAUUUCGAUCAUAAAGAUUAAAGUUCAAAAAUCUUCAAGUAUGAUGGAAGAAAAGAACUGAAACGUGAAACUUGGUUUUUAGAAUUCAGAAAAAAAGUUUUAUCUGAAGCAUUAAAAGUGGAAUUCCGGUCGCAGAGAGAAAGUUCUAGUAGGCGAAAAAGUUUUCCAAGUCAAGUAGUUCAAUUUCUACUUUUUAAUAAACGAUCAAAUUAAUCAUGGAUUAGCUUCUAUUGCAGACUUAAAUAAGCAAAAGAAUUUUUAAAAAAAGAGGGAAAAGAUGAAUCUCAGAAUGAAAUCCUCAUUUAUUUGUUUCUCCAAUUGAAAAUUAUUUCAAACGCUUCAAAGUUCAUUUUUUUUUUUUCAAAAUUGUGUGAACACGGCGACCAGAGCAACAUUCGCCCGUCAGAUAAGAUGUUUCUUGUGCAUGCACCCCUGACGAAAAAGCACACUUAAACAUUUUUUGAACUUUUUUGAUAAACAAAAAUGAAUUUCAGAAGCUAAUAAGUGGAACAGUUGUUGAUUGCUCAUUUCUCUUCAAUAUCAAAACGGGAAAUGCUCGAAAAAACAACUUUUUAUUUGAAUAAACAGUAUAUUAAUGCUGAAAAACCCGCCGAAAUUGACAUUAUUAUUUUUAAAAACCCAUUCCUCAUUGUAAAAAACACCGUGAGCCGCAACUUCUCAAUUAACUUUACCGAUCUUCUGAAAAUGAAAACUUGAGACGAAAAUGGAGAAAAUGAAAUAAAUUACAGGCCAGAAUCUUUCCGACGCAAUUCGGCCCAAGCACAAUACCGACUACUGAUCCAAAGCAAGUUCGAGAAAGAGUUUGGCGCUUCGAGGGCAGAAAGCGGGCUUUUGAUGCCUGUUCGUCUUAUAGCACCUUACGACAAAGGCGUCGUCUGA